ACCAUCUGCCCAUUCCCGUAAAUUCCAUCAACUUCCAAGGGCCAUUUCAAAUUCCCGUCAUUUUCAUCUCAAAUAUCCCCUUCCUUGCCUCCAUUCUUUUUCAGUCCAAAUUCCUAAAAGCUUUGAAAACAUUUUAAAAAACAAAAUCUAAUAUUGAGAAAUAGGAUUGGAAAGAGAUUCCGGGAUUUGAGCAUUUCGAGGCGGAAAAAGAAUUACUUCUCACUGUUACGUAACAAAAUUCCGAAAGAGUGCGAAAAAGCAAAGUUCGACUCCUCAGUCCAACGGAAUUUAAUCGUUGGACUUGGAAGCUUUUAAGAGUGAAAAAAAGAGAUAGAGAGAGUAGUAGACUCCAGAGAGGUGUUAGGGAUUUGAGUUUGAAGAUGACAGAGGUGAGAUUACAUAUAUAUGAUGUGACCAACAGUGGAUCGGAUAAAACCAACAGCACUAUUGUUCAAAUCAACAAGAUAUUCAAGGACGGAAUAGGCCUCGGCGGCAUCUUCCACAGCGCCGUUCAGGUUUAUGGAGAAGAGGAAUGGUCUUUUGGCUUCUGUGAGCAAGGGUCGGGGGUGUUCAGUUGUCCUUCUGGCAAAAAUCCAAUGUAUACAUAUCGUGAGUCCAUGGUCCUUGGAAGAACUAACUUUUCAAAAUUGAAGGUAAACCAGAUCUUGCAGGAGCUUAGUAGAGAGUGGCCUGGAAGUUCCUACGACUUGUUAUCCAAAAAUUGUAACCAUUUCUGUGAUGAGUUCUGUGAAAAGCUUGGUGUCCAAAAGCUUCCAGGUUGGGUAAACCGAUUUGCUAAUGCUGGUGAUGCUGCUAUAGAAAUAGCAGAAAACACUGCCUUGCGGUUGAGACAAGCCAAGACUGAGAUAGUAUCAGCUAGCAAAGUGGCAUAUCGUUUUCUUGUGGGUGUUACGUCUAGUUCUAGUGGUGGCAAUGAUAGCUCCGGCAAUUCAAAUAGAGGAAGCCCCAGAUUUCAAGCAGCUUGGUUUAAAAACAUCAUUACUACUGGUGCCAAACCAUCUAGCAGUUCUGAAAUCGAGACUCAGGGUGGCAGUGGUUUUCAGAACCAUCGGCUACAGAAUUCUGCACAGUCAAUGCAACAAAGUUUCCAAGAUUCACAAAGAUCACCGUGACAAUUCAAAUAAUUUGGAAUAACCAUGGUGACAGAAUUCAUGGCAUGAUGUGUGAUGGAAACGAUUUCUGGAAGCACUGUUUGUUGUGUAAUAGUUGCAACUCUACAUUGCCAAUUAAGAUGUCAUUCAUUGUGUAUCAAAUGUAAAAUGUUCAUUUCUUGUCCAAACCGAAAUUUUUUAAUGCCCUGUGGACUUAAUGUUCAUUGAAAAAAUCAUCUGAAAACUCUUGUGCUUGGGCAAGUCUUCAUUCCAACUACAGAUUGACAUUGUGUAGGUAA